AUGACGACUGGAUAUCGAGAAUCCGAACGUGUCUUCAGGGAAAGAGAGCAGUUACUUCCAGAGGUAGAGCAAACUCUACGACGUUCUAUGGACUAUACAUAUAAUGUGGUACACUCCGAUGGACACUGGUGUGGGGAGAUGAGGUCAAAUGUCACCAUAACAGCUGAAUAUAUCUUUCUCCGACAGGCUCUGGGGCUCGACCUGAAAGCUGAUGGUGCGGCCUAUUGUCGCUACAUACUAUCUCAGCAAAACUGUGACGGCUCCUGGGGUCUAGCGCCCGAGUUUCCAGGCGAUGUCUCGACCACCACCGAAGCGUAUCUCGCGCUGAAAAUAUUAGGGGUGAAUGUAGACGUCCCAGCCAUGCAACAUGCCAGAGCAUUCAUUCUCCAUGCGGGAGGGGUUGCCAAGGUUCGUGUGUUCACUCGCAUCUUCCUGGCAACCUUCGGCUUGUUUCCAUGGAAUGAAGUACCUCAGCUCCCUGUGGAACUGGUUCUGCUCCCCUCCACAUGUCCGAUCAACAUCUACAAGUUCGCAUCUUGGGCCCGCGGCACCAUUGCCCCUCUCUUGAUCAUCUGCCAUCAUCAGCCGGUCUAUGCGCUCCCGAAUGGAAUAACGGCGGAGAAUGACUACCUAGACGAGUUAUGGCAAGAUCCAACUAGCAAAACUGCGCCCUACGGUCCAUCCCUCUGGGAGCUGCUAUCCCAGGGCGACAUCACUGGGCUGACAUUCAGCAUCCUGGACAAACUGCUUUAUCAACUCAACGGACUUCGCUCAGUCCCUUUCCUCAGAUCGUACGCACGGCAGCAAUGCAUGAAAUGGAUUUUGGAGCGCCAGGAACCCACCGGCGACUGGGCCGGGAUCUUCCCGCCCAUGCAUGCCAGCGUGUAUGCGUUCAUGCUGGAAGGGUACAAACUGGACGAUCCCCCUGUCAGUCUUGGCAUCCAGGCGAUUGAGAAUUUCGCCUGGGAGGAUGCAGAAGGGAAAAGGGUCCAACCUUGCGUUUCACCUGUAUGGGACACGACUCUAAUGUCAAUCGCUCUCUGCGAUACCGCAUCACCCGACCAGCAGAUCGUCGAUCGUGCUAUUCAAUGGAUCCGAGACCGUCAAUUGCUUGAACCCCGCGGAGAUUGGCGUGUAUACCGGCCCCAUCUUGCGCCGGGGGGGUUCAGCUUCGAGUACACAAACAGCCACUAUCCCGAUAUAGACGACACGGCAGCGAUUAUCCUUGCGCAAGUGAAGCAUGACGCGAGAUCGUGUCAUUCACCCUCCGUGAUUGCCGCAGCUACAUGGAUUCUGGGCAUGCAGAAUCCUGACGGAGGAUGGGCUGCCUUUGACGUGGAGAAUGAUAAGCUAUUUCUCAACAAAAUCCCGUUCAGCGACAUGGACAGUCUAUGUGACACGUCCUGCGCCGAUAUCACCGGGCGAAUCCUGGAGGCCUUCGGACUGAUGAUUCUCCGCGCCCCAGAAAAAGGCAACGCCAGCCAGCUGAGCCAACUUGGUCCCGCGAUACGUGCAGCGUGCAGACGAGCUAUCCAAUACCUUGCCUCUACGCAGGAGACUAAUGGGUCCUGGUUCGGCCGAUGGGGGUGCAAUUACAUUUAUGGGACUAGCCAUGCACUGUGUGGUCUGGCGUACUUUUCUCAAGACGAGACACUGAUUCCUACCUUGGCGCAACCAGCGUUGCAAUGGCUGAAGUCUCAGCAAAAUGAUGACGGCGGGUGGGACGACACGAGUAUCGAAUCCCCUACGGCAGCUGCAGCAAUGGGUCUCCUCUCUGUCUUUGGCCGUGCACGGCCAGCAACUAUACCCACCGAUCGGAUUGUCCCUCUUCGAUACUGGGAUGAUUUGCACUAUCUACGUAGUCUUAGCCAUGACUUUACCUUCCGCUUUGACGACGUUCUUGAUGCCUCAAAACUCGAGGGAGCGCUGAACCGGCUGAUGGAAAUCGGCGACUGGGGUCAAUUGGGGGCUCGUCUGCGACUGAAUGAUAACGGAAAGCUCGAAUAUCACAUCCCGAGUGAGUACGACAAGAGCACCCGCCCCGCAUUCGGGUUUACCACCGAGAAGUAUGGGAUGGGCAUCAAUGAACACCCGUUGGGCGCACGGCUGCCGAAAACCGGCCAGGACCAGUCUGUCCUGUCGCCAUCCUGCGCGGAGUUUGCGCCACUGGUCCGCCAUGCAGAUAGUCCCCGAGAGCUGGCCGACUGGAUCUAUUCCGACCGUGGGCAGCUCCAUGUCCAUGUUGCGGUCUUUGAAGAUGCAACCCUUCUGACGGUUAGCUAUCUUCACACCUUUUUCGACGCCGUCGCGCGGACCAAUUUCUUCAAGGCAUGGAUAGCUGUCCUCGAUGGCCGGGAGGAAGACGUGCCGCCUUUUGUUCCUUUUGACCAGGACCCCUUGGGCGAUUUGGGCAAGGGAGUCCCUCGGGAGAACUAUACCCACUUCCAACGGCUCGUUAUCGGACUGAGUCUCGUACUCUUUGGGCUCAGGUACUUAUUUGAACUUUUCUGGUUCCGACAGGAGGAAGAGCAUCCCAUCCGGGUGCCGGGACACUGCGUGGAACAGAUGAGGCAAAAUGCUCAAGAGGAGCUGGCCGCUUCGACCCCGGAGGGAGCCGAAGCGCCCUUCCUGAGCGAGCCUGAUGUCGUCUCCGCGUGGUGGGUGAAGACCAUGGUCACAGCCCUCAACCCUGCGCCCGGCCGUACCGUCAUGGUGAUGAGCCCCUUCAAUGUAUGGGGUCUGUUCAAGGAAUCGUUCCCUGCCGGCGCGAAGGGCUUCAUCGGCAAUGCAUUCUUCAACUCAUACACGGUGCACAAGACGAGCGAGGUCCUCAAAGAUAACAACUUGGCAUACCUGGCAUCCAAGAAUCGGCAGGCGCUCAUGGAGCACAGAACCAAGGAGCAAGUCCAAGCGAUGACUGCCAUUCAACGAGACUCGUUCAUGCAGAUUCCACCUCUCGUCGGCGAUUCGAGCCUGCUCUUCAUGACACAUACCAACCAACACAAAGCCAGGUAUUUCGAGACUGACUUCUCCGCUGCUGUUGUUGCCCCCGGUCUGCCUCUCAAAGACAGACCUCAUGCACUGGGCAGACCGUCUUACAUCAACGACAUUGAGCAUUGCCGCCUGUAUCCUACUCGGAAUGUCUGUAGGGUGAUUGGCAAGGAUGCCGCAGGAGACUGGUGGCUUCUCUUCAAGACGCGCUCUGAGGCUUGGCCUUCGAUCCACAAACAGUUGAUGACUUUGCUUGACAUCGACGAGGUGCAGGCAGGGGACGUCUCCAAUGCAGCAAGCCUUCCGUACAACGAAAGCCCGUCGGGCAAGACGUAUUCCGAGGCUAUGGGAAUGCUUCUGCAAAUCCGUCUUCUUUGGAGGCUUUUAGUAUAAGUAGCAUGUCCGUUUGUAUCCUAGAUAUAUGGGCCCUUCUAAAUUGAACUGUCUGGGUGAGGAGUCCCUCUGAAAGGCUUCAGAGUAUUAUGGUGAUUUUAUCGAAGAAUG